CCUACAACAUUCACAUUGAUCACUACACAGAACGAGGCAGUGUUGGUCGACACUCCUGCAGUUCGGUCUCGAGCCGAGCCAGUUGCGGCUUGGAUAGCUGAGAUCAUCGAGGACCGAAAGCUGAGCACCAUUUACAUCACUCACGGCCAUGGUGAUCACUUUUUCGGCGUUGAAACCAUCCAGGAGCACUUCCCAGAUGCCGUCGUCCGCGCAACUCGGGGCACCUACGAGCAUAUGUUGGAACAACUUGAUACAGCUUUUUGGGACGGCUUUUGGGUCCCUACAUUUCCUGAGUUACAAGAAAGCCCAAAGCCCGAUCCCAAAGUAGAUGUACUUGAAAGCGAUUGUUUUACAGUAGAUGGCCAUGAAUUCCGUGCUGUUGAGGUUGUUGGUGGUGAUACCGCGUCGUCAACUGUUCUUCAUGUGCCCUCUCUCGACCUGGUCGUUGCAGGAGACGUUGUUUACGGAGGAUGCUACCAAUUCCUUGCCGAGAACACGACACCUCAACUCCGCCAGAACUGGAUAAACGCCAUUGACCAAGUCGCCAAGCUUCACCCCAAGGUUGUCGUGCCGUCUCACCGCUUAUCCACGGAUGGCUUUGGACUGCAGCAUUUGAAGGACAGCCAGGAAUACAUUCGCACGUGGUCAAAGCUAAAUGCAGCAACUAAGACUUGGGAGGAACUUGAGGCGGCCAUCCUCAAGGCAUACCCCAAGAGGAUU